GUAUAUAUAUAUCUAUUAUGUGCUAAUAGACCCUCCCUCUCUCUCUUUGACUCUUCCCUCUUCCUAGCCAUUAUGCCAGUCCUGGUCCCUAACAGGCCAACUCAGCAACCCCUCUACCAUGAACCACAGUCAACUGGCCUCCCUCAGAACAUUGACUGUCCUCUUUCAUCUGAUCCUCUACCAGCAGAGGAGACCCCUCCACCUGCUUACAGUGAAGUUCCCCCAGUUGAUAGUCCAGCUGAUCCACAGAGUGUCUACUCUGGUGUUGGCUCUCCUAUCAUGUCUCCAUUAUCAGCUGCUUCCAACACUUCAGUUAAUCCAAUUGGAUCACCGGCUCAGUCAGGUGAGGCUGGUACAGAGUAGUGGGAGGAGACAAAGAAUUCUUUCA